UCUCGGCCUGCUGGGACCCGCGUCUCCCCCGGCGCCAUGUUGCUUCUCCUCUCCCCUUGCCCGCCGGGCUGGAGCUUUCGGGGCUUCCCCCCCGUCCCUGGAGCAGCAGGACUGUGAACUGCGGAGUCGAAUCCUCCGGCGAGCUGCUUGCCCUUCCCGGUUGGUUUUGACCCCCCUGCUGGCAGCUUACCGGCAGCUUGGCAGUGAUGAAGUUUCUGCUCCUCGGUGGUUAAGGAGCGGUUUUUCCGCACGGCCUUGAUAAAGCAAAUAUGUUUCCUGUCAUACAACGAUGCUGCUUCCACAAACCUUUCAAACUCCAGAAGUUAACUGGUCCCAGAUUACUACUGUAUGGAAAGAAGAUGACAACUUGCUCUUCUCUCGGCCUCCGUCUGCGGAGAGAUGUGUGUCUUCUCUUGAGACCUCCAAGCCUCAACCCAGCAUCAGUAUAUGCAACCAAGCUCCAGGCUUUUCACACCUCUCUCCCCUUCUUCAAGAAGAAAACCCCCAAAGAAUCUGAGACCAAAGACUCGGGUAUAUUGCAGCAAAGCAUAACAUCAUUAAAGGAUUCUCCAAAGCCAGCCCUUUACUUAAGCCUUGCAGGGCUAAUUCCAUUUGUUUCCGUGCCGCUGUCAAUGGCCCUCCAAGGGACCUACUACCCAGAGGCGGCAUUUGCUCAGAUUACGUAUGGUGCUGUAACAGUCUCUUUCCUAGGAGGAAUGAGGUGGGGGUUUGCUCUCCCAGAAAACAGCCCGGCCAAGCCAGACUGGCUGAACCUGGCUAACAGUACAGUUCCUCCUCUACUUGCCUGGCAAGCUUUACUUUUUAAAGAUGUCACUCAUGGUGCAAUAAUGCUAGUAAUAGCCUUAGGGAUAGCACUACAUUAUGACAUUUCCCUUCUUCCUACUUAUCCUAGGUGGUUUAAAGUACUGAGGGUAGUGGGAACAGUGGUGAUGGUAUUAUCACUAUUAGCUACUGCAGCGUUGAAGACUAUUUCAGAGGAGCAGCUAAGUCAGGAAUAAAUGGCAGAACACAAAAUAAUAAAUCAAUAGCAAAAAGCUGUUUAUCUGCCACUAAUGUAUUUGUAUUGAGUUCCAGGGGAAAUAAAAGACUUACAUGUGCUUUUAAGUCACAAGAUGGCAGUGAUCAAGAUGCUUAUUCUCAAAGUAAACAACUUAGCAAGUUUAAUAGGGAAGGAUUGUAAAUACUGAUGACUUCCAAGCAUCACUCUUGAGUGAGAUGUUACUGUCAUAUGAAUUUAAAAUGGAGAUUCAAAUGACAUGGGUAUGAAUUGCUCUGUGCUGAAUUAUUAAAGUAUCUGGUUUAACUAAUGUGUGGUAACGUUCUGUGGUGGGGAGGACGACCAUGUAGGCAUAAACAGUAACAAGGUGAGAGCAGUUAUAGUUUAGUUUUUAAAGAAGCAGCAGAGAAUUAUGUAAAAGUACAUACACGUUCGAUUCCCCUGUUGUGGAAAUGCAAAAAAAUAAAACUGUCUUAUUUCAACUGAGAAGGUGCCGAGACUGCUAUGCGAUUAAGAGCUAGUCAGGUAAGAACGGAUAGGCAAGGUUUGUUUGCAGUGGCAAACCAAGGUCAGCACUUGCCUAAAAUAUGUCACCCAGCUGCUGUGAUGGCGUGGGGAAAGCAAAAAGAGGAAGCUUUGUAUCCUUGACCAGGUGCUGUAAGAGACAGAAGGUUAGCUUCCUACUCAGGCUUGCUAAAAUAAAAAAAGAUACCUGGGCCAUCUCUUCCUAGGUUUUGUUUGGACUUGGGGCUGCCUAGCCAAGGCGGUUGCAUACAACAUAGCCACAAAGAUCUAUCAUACUCCUAAAUUUAAGUACUAUCAAAUGAUAUGACACAAGGACUCAAUUGCUGGCACUAGAGGAUGAGGUAAUGGGAUUGAAAGUAGUUUGUGUCUUUUCCUUCCUCCUCAAAACUCGUUUGAGCACCUGGGGCAGGUACAAAUGGACUUGUAGCCUGCAAACCCUCCAUGAUGGGCCAAUUAUUGAAAACACUGCAGGAACAGAUGGUCUUUGUACUUGAGUCUCCCUAACACAUCACUGAGGGGAAGAAGAUAUAACAUAAAUCAUGUAAUUUUUCUUUUCUAGCCUCAGCUACCUCAAGAAACCUACAAAAUUGUAUGUGGGCAUAUUCACUGUAGGCUUUUUAUCUUAAGUAUUCUUUAAGUACAGUAUAAGAUGCAAGAAGAAAGUUGAAAAGUGACAUUCACGCACGUUCUUACAGCCAAUUUAGAUAAGCUUCAUAGUUCCUCUUAAAGCACUGUUUUUCAUUGUUCUAUACAGAAUAAAGCACAU